AAGAGCUCAGUGUUCGGCUGUGGGUGGUUUUGGUGAAGUUUUUUGCGUUUUCUAACAUCUGACUGCACUUAUAGGGGGAUUUUUCUCUCAGUAUCAGGUCGAGCUGUGAUCGGAUGUUUAAUCCCCCAAAAAGAAACUUCAGAGCAGAGAUCUCAGUCUGACUUCAGCCCAGUGUUGUAAAACUGUCUUCAUCGUCCUCAGAGCACAAACAAUGAAACUGCUGCUGCCAUUUAUUCUCCUGACAGUCCGACUGACCACCGGCUACCGCAGCCCUCUGAAUGACUUCCAGCGCUCAGAGGGCAGAGAGCUGGUUCCUACCUCCUGGAACUCGGCUCGAGUGUCGUCGUUACCGGGCCUGAACCUGGAGGACUGUGCCACACGUUGCUCACAGUCUCUGGACUGCAGAGCGUUCAACUACGAGACCCGUCCAACUGUCUCCUGUAAACACCUGCCCUGGGUGGGUGACGGGAGCAACGCAGAGGUGAAGAGGAACGUGAACUGUGACCUGUAUGAGAAGAAGGUCUAUGUCAGGAAGUGCAUCGUAAGUAAAGGAGAAGACUACAGAGGGAAAGUCUUCACCACAAGAAGUGGACUCACCUGCCAACAGUGGUGGUCCAAGUUUCCUCACGAUCACAGGUGGACUCCCACAGCCACCAACGGUCUGGAGUUGAACUACUGCAGGAAUCCAGAUGGGGAUCGGAUUGGCCCGUGGUGCUACACCACCGACAAUGAGCGACGUUAUGAAAGCUGCAACAUCCCCCAAUGCAAAGAUGACGUGUGUAUCACGUGUAACGGAGAGGACUACAGAGGGCAGGUCGACCACACUGUGAAUGGCAGAGAGUGUCAGAGAUGGGACCAGCAGUACCCGCACCAACACAUCUACCAGCCUGAAAAAUAUCCUGAUAAGAGUUUAGACGACAACUACUGCCGUAACCCUGACGCCUCUCCGGUGCCCUGGUGUUACACCACAGACCCUGAUGUGGAGAGGGAGAACUGUGAGAUCAGCAAGUGCACUGAGGUGCGGGUGGAGAAACGCCAGCGCUCCAGCUUCACCACCAACUGUUUCCGUGGCCGUGGGGAGGAUUACCGUGGUAAAGUCAAUGAGACAACAUCAGGUAUCCCCUGUCAGCGAUGGGAUGCCCAACAACCUCAUGAGCAUCCCUUCUACCCAAACACAUAUGAAUGCAAGGGUUUGGAGGAGAACUACUGUCGUAACCCAGAUGGGUCGGAGGCUCCCUGGUGCUUCACAUCUGUGCCAGAGAUGAGGACCGCUCUCUGCUUACAGAUCAAACGAUGUGCAGAUGACAUAGAGGCUGAAGAUUGCUACCAUGAAAAUGGAAAAAACUACAGAGGCAUGGUCCGCAAAACUCGUAAGGGGAUCACCUGCCAGAAAUGGAACGUCAACACACCUCACCUGACCAAGAUAAACCCAAGGACGCAUCCUGAGGCGAACCUGACAGAGAACUAUUGUCGUAACCCAGAUGGGGACCAGCACGGACCCUGGUGCUACACCACUGACCCCAAAACUGAGUUUGACUACUGUGCCAUCAAACAGUGUGCUGGAGAGAAAGUGUCCAUGACUGAACCAGUAGAGAAGGUAGAGUUCAGUGAGUGCGGGAAGAGAGACGACCGCCUCCCGAGGACGAGGUUGCGUAUCGUGAAUGGGGUUCCUGGGAACUCACCAUGGACAGUGAGCCUCAGAGACAGGAAAGGAAACCAUUUCUGUGGAGGAUCCUUGGUUAACCCCAGAUGGGUGAUCAGCACCAAGCAGUGUUUCUCCUCCUGCUACGUGGACCUGCCCGGGUACUCGGCCAUGAUGGGAACUCUGUAUCGUGAUCCACAAGAAGGAGAGCCUGGUGUGCAAACCAUCCCCCUGACCAAGAUCGUCUGUGGACCCUCAGAGUCUCAGCUGGUCAUGCUACAACUGGAAUCCCCGGCCCAGUUUAAUGAGCGUGUCUCUCAGAUCUGCCUCCCUCCUGAGCGCUACAUUGUAGCUGAGGGGACGAACUGUGAGAUCGCAGGAUGGGGUGAGACGAGAGGGACUGGAGAUGAGACUGUCCUCAACGUGGCCCACAUACCAGUUCUCAGUAACAAGGAAUGCAACAAAUACUUCAGAGGUCGUGUUCGUGAGAAUGAGAUGUGCACAAGCUCUUUCCAGGGAGGGGUGGGUGCCUGUGAGAGAGACUACGGCGGCCCUCUGGCCUGUCAGAACAGGGACUGCUGGGUACUCGAGGGUGUCAUCAUCCCCAUGAGGCGCUGCGGACACCCGGGGCAGCCCAACAUCUUCAUCCGAGUCUCUGUCUACGUGGACUGGAUCAAGAAGGUCAUGGAGAUGGCUUAGAGACAGAAACUGCCAUCCAACAGGGACUCAUCAAAUCUGCUGUCAAAGCCCUUAAGACCAGUUAUUCACUUAUUAACCAUAGACAUGUUCCUUCUCGGAUGUCUAUUUUGUAUUAAAAAUGUUAAUAAUACAUUAAAAUGUAUGGUCAGAUUUCACUACGUAAGUUACAACAAGACUAUAUUAAAAAGACACAUACAUUCAUGGAGAAAAUGCAAAGACAGCACAGUAAUUUGUUACAGUAUAUCUGCUUUAACCCUCUGACACCUGGAUUGACAUCAUGUUUCUUGUGCUGCGUUCAAAUGCCUUUCACAAGUAUUUAAACCUUUGAACCAAGAGCAAA